CUUAACGACAUUCAAAGUUACGAAUAAAAUGCUCACAUCUAUAUGUUGAAGCUUAAAUUGUGGUCAGGCACUGACUCUGGGUUAUAAUCGCUGGCAGUCGCUUCUAUAAUUCAGUCUGCAAAAGUUUGUGCUCUGAGAAGGUCUCUCAAGAAAAUUAUUACUGAUCGCUACUAGAGGAAAAUUUUAAUUCUCAAUUUGCUAAAAAAUUAUCGUCCAAUUGUGAAGAGAGACAUUAUUUCCCCUCGAGCUGAAAGCAUUCAAGUGGUGAAGAUAAAUACCUAGAAGAAGACUAUUUUUCUAUCAUCGUUUAGUGCUUCUCGUGGAGGAGAAUUACAAGAGACUAUAAAAUUAUAACAGAUCUAUCAGAUCCAACACAGGCACGAAGAACUCAUACAAGUCUUCAGGCCAAGAGACUGUGAUUUGAAGAAAACAAAUCCCAAAAAUAUUUUUCUGUGAUAUUUGUGUCUCUCUUAAGACAACUAUAUAUAUAUUAUUUUUUUAGUGAAUUUGUAAUUAACCAAAAAAUCAUCUGAAGAUGGUCAUUAGAAGCAAGCACUUGUGUCGCCGGGUACUCGAGAAUCAACACAAAUUGUGCCAAUUUCUGCAGCAACAGCUCCGAUUGUGCUCCUCAAAUGCCGCACGACCAGCUGCUGCUCUUACCAACCAGGAAGAAGACACCAGUAUCAAAAUCACUAAGCAAUUCACAUCCACGGCCACUUCACUCCUGGAGCCUAUCGAACAUGCCCCAAAUGUCGGACAUCAAUUUUCAUAUUCAGACCUUAGCGUUCGAUUGGCUGCUCCACAUGAACUCCAAACAAAGCCAGACGUGGAUGACAUGGGCUUUGGACGAUUUUUCACGGAUCACAUGCUCAAGAUCUUCCACCACAAUAGCCUGGGAGGUUGGCAAAAGCCAGAGAUAACACCUCUCGAGAACCUCGUUAUGCAUCCCGCUGCUAAAGUUUUCCACUAUGCCGUCGAGCUGUUCGAGGGCAUGAAGGCCUACCGCGGUGUCGACGGUAAGAUUCGUCUCUUCCGUCCAGACAUGAAUAUGAAGAGGAUGAAUCUAACAGCCCGUCGAUGUGGCUUACCCACCUUUGAGGGACUGGAACUAGUCAAAUGUUUAGCCCGAUUGGUGUCAAUUGAUCAAGAAUGGGUUCCGCAUACAGAAUGCGCCAGUCUCUACAUUCGUCCCACCUUAAUAGGCAUCGAGCCUACCCUUGGUGUUGCAUCAUCCGAAUCAGCCCUCCUCUACACCAUCCUGAGUCCCGUUGGUGCCUACUUCGGACCUAAGUCCUCCGGGGGUGUAUCCUUGCUGGCUGAUCCACAGUACGUGCGUGCAUGGCCCGGAGGGGCUGGAGAUAGGAAGUUGGGUUCAAAUUACGCACCUACAAUCUAUGUACAACAGGCUGCAGCCAAGCAGGGCCUACAGCAGGUGCUAUGGCUCUACGGCGAGGAUCACCAAUUGACCGAAGUUGGAGUUAUGAAUGUCUUUAUGGCAUACAUCAAUGACAAUGGAGAGAAAGAACUGAUAACACCACCAUUAAACGGAUUAAUUCUGCCCGGAGUCACGCGUGAUUCCAUCCUGGAAUUGAGUCGGUCCUGGGGACAGUAUAAGGUUCGGGAAGGGAAGAUCACUAUGAAGUGGGUGAAGCAGCUGGUGAAGGAGGAGAGACUGCUUGAAAUAUUUGGAGCAGGAACUGCCUGCGUUGUAUGUCCUGUUCAUAGUAUUAGCUACUUGGGUGAAGAACUCCUGAUUCCCACCCUCGAACAGGAGAAACCUAUUUAUGAACAGUUGAGAAUCACAAUGACAGACAUUCAGUAUGGGAAGAUUGAUCAUCCAUGGGCACUUGUAAUCGAUUGAUAAGACUCACGCAAAAAAACACCCACUAUCUCUUACUUGAUUAAUAACAAAUUGCCAAAAAAGUGACUUUGUUACAAAAUUGUCGAAAAUGCUUCCUAAAAUAUAAAAAACACUUCCAAUUUUAUUAUAGAGCAAAAUAAGCAAUUCAUUUUCACAAUUGCUUUACGGUAUACCAUUGAAUUAUUUAUUACAUUUUUUUAAUGUUUAUUCAGGUGUGUAUUAGAAUAUUAAUUUUUUUCUUUCUUUCACAUCCAAUCUAAGAGAAUUGGAUGAAGACACCCUAUUUGUGUUAAAAGAAAAAAACAAGCUGUGAAUAAGAUGAAAGCCUGAAAUUUAUAAAAGAAGAAAAAACUAAAAGUUUUAAAAUAAAUUUAUUACUCUAAAAGAUGAAUCCCCAAUUAGUUGCCAAAAUUGUCAAUUGAUGGUCCUACAAAGACAUUCUUGUGAUCGUCACCAACGAAGAAUAAAUUUGUGGCAAUGUCGUACAAAUAAAUCAAAAGUGCAUUUCUUAGAUUUAUAGGUUUACUAAAAAGAAAAUACGAAAAAAAAAUUUUUGAAAUAAAAAUUGGUACGUUUUCUGAGUAUCUUAUGUAAAUAUUUUUAUUGUAAUUAAUUAGAGAGUAGUAAUUAUUUUAGUUUCUUUUUUUUUGGAAUGCCAUGUCCUUACAUCGUUAGAUAGCUGUUAAGUGAGAGGUAGAUUUUCAAAAUAUAAAUUACAAAACUCAUACAAAGCUGUAGACGCUGUGAAAACUAUAACUUGUAGAAAUUUGUAAAGUUCGUUUUCUUUUGGAAGAAAUUAAAAAAAAAAAUGAGAAAAAGGAAUGGAAAAUACCCACUUCUGUAUAAACAGAGACUAUCUGUUAGUGGAAAUUUUGUUGAUAUAAGCUUCUUAGGUAAGAUGUUGAAAAUAAAUUAAAUUCCUAUCGAAA